GCUGCCGCCGACUCCUUUCUUCUCCUCGCUGCACGCCGGCACAUCGUCCUUUCUCGGCAACACCCCUCUCUCCUCCCUCCCCCCUCCACCCGCGCGGCGCUGCUGCCUUCCGAGAGAGCUGUCGCCGCCGUCCGUCCGUGGUGCGCGGUGGAAAAAAAGCGCGCCGGUCCAGUCGCCGCUCGGACAUCGCUCAGCGGCAGCGGCAGCGCCCCACCGACCAGCGUCACCCUCCAGCGAGUGAGCGAGAGCCGUGCUCUGCCCACAACCACUGCGCUGCGCUACGGCCCGGCAAAACCUGCGCACACACGUACAGCCAGCGAGCCAGAGGCGAGACACCCUCAGCAGAGAAAUGCUCCCCACGGCAAUGCUUCUCCACGUGGCCCUUGUAUCCUGCUUUGCGUCCGUCACGUUAGCGGCCGCGCCCACUCACGGCCCACCGCCACCGCCACCGAGGCGGCCGAGCCCGUACUCGGCGUUCCGCAGCAUCCGGCCCCCCAUGUGGUUCCGCGUGGAGCCCUCGACCAGCCGCCGAGCCGAAAGCUUCGUCGAAGUGCCCAACCUGGAGUCUCCCGGCGGGGACUUUGUGGGACACCCGCUGGACUACGGCAGCAGCCUGAACUUCGGUGGCCCGCUUGCCACCUCCGUGGGUAAAGUGAAGGUGCUGGACUACGCGAGUCGACUGAACGCCGAGGGCGGCAGCAGCAGCCGCUACGGCAAACCGCUCGUCAAGCCCUACGAGAGCAUCUACGAAAGCAAGUCUCAGGGCGGCCAGAAAUACACGAGCGCCACCAAGAAGCAGAAGCAGCUGCCGAGGCCCACUUGGCGGUCGCAGGGCGAGAGCAGCGAGAACGAGAUCGAAGGCUCGUCGGUCGGCGGCGGCGAUGUCAAGGACGAAGCGUCGCCGGUGCAGCCUUCCCAGCUCGAGGACGACCACCUGCCACCCUUUGACUUCGCAACCUCCCGGAGCGGCGAGGAGUCGAGAGAGUCGCCUUUCCCUGAGGCCGGGGAGAUGGCGGGGUUCUUCUUCUGAUCAACCUAUAACGGUGUUCGCCUUCGGCGAUUCCGUACUCUUGCCGCUGUUCUCGCUCCUGUUAAAAACAUGGCGAGAGCGAACGCGAGUGGACCCCCCUCGUUGCGUCGCGACAAAGUACUCCUUCUGACAGGACAGUAUAGCGCUAGGGUUAUUGAGCGGGAUUUCUUUGGCUGAAGUAGUACUUCCGUGCCGGGAGUGGAAGGAUCGCCGGUGAGAGAGAGAGAGAGAAAAUAAUG